GCGUAGCGCAAGACGUUGUGCAGAGGUACCGCUCGCCACAAGCAUGCCGUCGGCUCUAACUUUCCUGGUACUUGCGGCUACCCUAAAACAUAUUCAGAGCUCAGUCGAGCCACCGAAAGUGCAGCCUUUUAGUUUUCCGACGACGAAGGCGAUGCCCAAAAGGGUUGUCGUACACUGCUCUGCUGUCGAAGGCAGCGAACCAUUCCAGUUUUCUUGGAUCAAAGACGGCGCGAGGCUCGAAUCCCAUCCAAGGGUGGAGGUCAAGCAGCUCUCGGAAACACUGUCCACGCUGACCAUCUACAAAGCGGGAGCCGAGGACGUCGGAAACUACACUUGCAUCGUCACCAACGCGGCGGGCUCGGACGCCGCGACCUCUCAGCUUCUUAUAACCGAGGCGCCUCAGAUUCAACCGUUCGCCUUUCCGAAAGACCCUCGCGCCAAUUCCAAGAUCGUGAUUUCCUGCAACGCCCACGUGGGAACGGAGCCGAUCAGUUUCGCGUGGUUUAAGAACGGGCAGCGAGUGGUUUCGGAUACCAAGGCUCAGACCAAGGCAUUCAGCGAAACGGUCAGCAUCUUGACGCUACUGGAUGUGACGUCAGAGGACGUGGGAAACUACACCUGCCAAGCCACCAAUCGUUACGGCACAGACAGCUUGACUGCGGAACUCGUGCUCACAGAGGUCCCCAAGAUACAGCCUUUCUUCUUUCCAAAGAACCACGCCAUCGGGAAAGACGUCACCGUCUCUUGCUUUGCUUCGGAAGGCCACCCGCCGCUUUUGUUCACGUGGCGCAAAGACGGAGCGCGAAUUCCGAGCGGAUCAAAGUUUUCCGUGAGGCAGCCCAUAGACAAGAUGUCUACACUGACCAUUCACGAAGUCGCAGCGGCCGACAUCGGCAACUACACCUGCGAAGCCGCGAACGAAGGGGGAAGCGACAGAACCACCGCAAGCCUCGUCAUAACGGACGCGCCCAAGGUGCAGCCAUUCGUGUUUCCUCGGGAAAGCGUGCUGGGAGAGACACUUCUGGUCACGUGCGUCGCCAACAGAGGCACUCAGCCGAUGCAGUUUACGUGGUUGAAGAACGGCGUCGCCCUGAAGGAGGGAGACAAGGCGACGCCGAAGAUGUUCACGGAGUCCGUGUCGGCACUUAGCAUCCGCGACGUGGGCGCGGAGGACGUGGCUAACUACAGCUGCCGGGCCAGCAACUCGGCGGGAAGCGACAGCUACACAGCCGAGCUCGUCGUCACUGGUCAGUGCAGAAAUAGAAUCUUGUUGGGCAAGGACGUCACCGUGUCGUGCUUUGCGAUGCGGGGACACCAACCGCUCAAGUUCUCGUGGCUCAAGAACGGCGCUCGAGUCGACCGCGCCGGGGACAUCGAGGAAAUCGGCGGCAAGAUGUCCACUCUGACCUCGUACUGCAUACAGGCAACACGCCGUGGGGGUGCUCAGUACUGCGAUCCCUUCUCACACGAGAUGGCUCUAGCAUUCGUGCUCGUGGUGCUCAGCGCCUCAUUACAAACGGUUCUGUGCUCAGUCGAACCACCCAGAAUUCAGCCGUUCAGCUUUCCCACGAGCAAAGCCAUGCCCAAAAAGGUGGUCGUGCACUGCGUCGUGAUCGAAGGACGCGAACCUUUUGAAUUUGCGUGGUUGAAAGACGGCGCGAGACUCGGCGGCGAUCAUGGCAGGGUUCAAGUGAAGCAGGUCUCGGAGGCCGUCUCUUCGCUCACCAUCUCCAGAGCAGGCGCCGAGGACAUCGGCAACUACACCUGCGUGGCGGCCAACUCGGCGGGCUCCGACAGCGCCACCUCCGAGCUUACUUGUUACUGCAGACCGGAGCCGCCAUGGCCGUCACUUGGCACGCGCCCCCUGCUGUUCACUUGGCUCGAAAACGGCCUACCCAUCGACCCCCGCGGAAAGGCUACUCCCAAGACGCUGUCCAAGUCUAUCUCGGCGCUGGCCAUACCCACGGUAGAAACCUACGACAUCGCCGACUACACGUGUAGGGUUGAGAACGACGCCGGAAGUGACACCCACACUGCCGAACUGGUUGUCGCUGAACCUCCGAAACUGCAGCCACUCACGUUCCCGAGAAACCCGACGCUCAACAAGAAGCUCGUGCUGUCCUGCGUUGCCAUGGAGGGAGACCCGCCAUUGGAGUUCGCGUGGACGAAGGACGGCCUCACCGAGCGCGAAGGGGAGAGGUACUCGACGGCAGUGCUCACUUCGCACAUCUCGUCGCUCACGAUCCCCGAAUUGACGGCGCAGGACGUGGGCAACUACACGUGCCACGUUUCCAACGCGGCCGGAACGGACAGUUCCACGACGUCACUCCUUGUGCACGCCUCCCAAAGUUCUGCCGUUCAGCUUUCCCAGGGAACACCGCAUCGGCGACGCCGUGGCCGCCACGUGCGUCGCGAGUCGCGGCCGCUCGCCUUCGCGUGGCUCAAGAACGGCUCUCCCGUGAUGGCCGGCAGCAAGGCCGCGCCCAAGAUGCUCACGGAAUCCAUCUCUGCGCUCACGAUGUCCAGCGUGGACGCGGACGACAUCGCGAACUACACGUGCCGCGCCACCAACGCCGCCGGAAGCGACAGCUACACGGCCGAACUGGUCGUCACUGUACGAGCCACCGAAGCUGCAGCCAUUCUCAUUCCCGCGAAGCCCACUUCUCAAAAGAAAGUCGUUGUGUCCUGCGUGGCCGUCGAAGGAGACGCUCCGCUCCGGUUCUCGUGGUCGAGGGACGGCGGAGCGGAAGGCGAGCGGAAGAGGUACACCGUCGACACCCUCUCUUCGCACCUCUCUUCGUUGACCAUUCCGGAAGUGACGGCGCAGGACAUCGGGAACUACACGUGCCGAGUGACCAACGCCGCUGGAACGGACACUUUCACCGCCUCCCUCCUCGUGCGGGGUCAGUUCUGA